CCGAUGAGUUCGGAGAGUUGUCGUUGGAGUAGUGAGGGCGUCACUCUGAAAGAGAACGAGGCAUCGCUGCUCGCGCUAGUUCCGGUUCGCUGCAAGAUCGUUUUCUUUUGAAUCCUUUGGUUUGGUUGUGGCGCUUGGCGUUCGUGCUGGUUAGCAGCAGCAGCGGAAGCGGAGGCGGCCCAGUCGGGCCGAGAAUGGUGCUCGGAAGACGAUGGUGUUCGAGUCUUUAGUGGUCGAGGUUUUGAACCGUUUUUUGGGGGAUUAUGUGGUGAACUUGGACACCUCGCAGUUGCAAUUAGGAAUUUGGGGAGGAGAUGUAGUUCUCAAUAACCUGGAAGUAAAAGAAAAUGCAUUGAGUGAACUUAAUGUUCCAUUCAAAGUUAAAGCUGGUCAUGUUAGUAAACUUGAACUGAAAAUACCAUGGAAGAAUCUGUAUGGACAAGCAGUGGAAGCGACAUUGGAUGGAAUCUAUAUGCUUAUUGUUCCAUGUGCCAGUAUCAAAUAUGAUGCUGAAAAAGAGGAAUUGCAACUUCAAGAAAUCAAGCAGCGAGAAUUACAAAGAAUUGAAGAAGCUAAGCAAAAGGUUGCUGACAAAGAAAAUCCAAAGGAAGGGAAGCAAGAUACUUUCCUUGAAAAGUUAAUUACACAGGUUAUUAAGAAUUUACAGGUUAAAAUUACGAAUGUCCACAUCCGUUAUGAAGAUGAUAUCACAAAUCAAAACUCUCCAUUGUCAUUUGGAAUUUCACUUGAGAACUUGAGUCUUGAGACAACAGAUGAAAGAUGGAAUCCAUGCUUGCAUGAUCAGUGUGAAGAUGUCUUCAAUAAGCUUGUUCGAUUAGACUACCUCUGUGCAUAUUGGAAUGUCAACACCAAAAUGUAUUCAAAAAGCCAUCAGGUUCAGGCUUUGAAAGACUUAAAAAAUGGAGUCUCAAGAUUCAACUUUAUUCCGGAGACUUACCAAUUCAUUUUUCAGCCAUUAUCUGCCCAAGCUAAACUUGAAAUGAAUCCACGAGCAGAAGUUGACUUUGCUUCACCAAAAAUGAACUUGGAAGUAAAUCUUGAAGAUAUAGCGAUCGAAAUAAAUAGGCCUCAGUAUCUUAGCAUCGUGGAGUUACUUGGAUCAAUUGAUAUGAUGACACGCAAUCUGCCAUAUAGAAAAUAUCGGCCUGAUGUCCCCUGUCACAGCAAUGCUAGGAAAUGGUGGGCAUACGCUAUAAAUGGCAUACUGGAAGAGAAUAUAAAACCUGCACUUAAUGCUUGGUCAUGGAGGCACAUUCGAAAGCACAGACAAAAAUUAAGGAAUUACAGGAGCCUCUAUAAAUCAAGAAUCAAAACCAAGAAACCAGAUGAAGAACUUAUCAGCACACUUGAGGAACUCGAAAAGGACCUUGAUUUGUUCAACAUUACACUCGCAAGACAGCAAGCGGAAGUAGAGCUUAUGAAAACAGGGCAUAAAAUUUACAGACCAGGUGCAAAAAUUGAGGAUGAGAAAACUGGCGGAUGGUUUGACUGGGCUUGGAGUUGGGCAGCAGCAAAAGAAGAGAAACCACGAGAUUCCAAAUCUGGAAUUGAUUUAUUGAUGACACCUGAAGAAAAAGCUAAACUCUAUGCAGCAAUUGGAUAUAGUGAAACUGUGGUGGAUCCAACCAUGCCUAAAAGAUAUGAAGCAGUAAAACUUGCUGUGAAGCUUGUUAGCAUGUCCGUUUCCAUUCGAGAAGAAGACAACCAGCCAGAGAUCAUGAAAUUUGCUGUGAUUGACUUGAGCAUGAUGCUGACCCAGAGACCAGGAGCACAAGCAAUAAAAUUUGAAGCCAAGAUAAGUACAUUGGAAGUGACGGGACUGCCUCAGAACACGGACAAGCCACUGCUGCUUUCUUCAAGGAGUGCUUUGACCGAGAAUGAAGAAAUUCUGCUCAGGAUCAUGUUUGAGACCAAUCCAUUGGAUGAAAGAGCUGAUCAGCGGCUGAAGGUGGAGUCACGUCCACUAGAAAUUGUAUAUGAUGCGAGAACUAUAAAUGGGUUAGUCGACUUCUUUCGACCUCCAACAGAUGUACAACUGGUAGAACUAACGUCGGCUACUUUGAUGAAGCUUGAAGAAUUCCGUGACAAAACUGCAACUGGCUUAAUGUACAUUAUUGAGACACAGAAAGUCCUGGACUUAAAAGUGAAUCUCAUGGCUUCUUACGUCAUUAUUCCACAGAAUGGUUUUUUUGAUAAAUCUGCCAGCUUAUUGGUUCUUGAUCUUGGUAAUUUGAAGAUGAUGAGUAAAAAUCGUGCACGUCUGCCACAAAUUACUGCUGGAGAAAGCACCUUGGAGGAUAUCAUGGCCAGAGCCUAUGACUGUUUUGAUAUCCAGCUGAGUAGUGUUCAACUUCUCUAUGCUAAACCACAUGAGGAUUGGAAAACAGCUCGCAAAGAAAAGAAGUCAUCUCAGCACAUAUUGCAACCCAUGGAUUUAAAGCUUGAAUUAUGCAGAGCAAUGGUUGUCUCUGAUCCAAGAAUGCCAAAGUUUAAAGUUUAUGGUGGACUUGCUUUACUUUCAGUCAGCAUCUCAGACCAAAAACUUAGACGAGUUUUAGAGUUGAUUGAUAGUAUUCCUAAACCAGCAAGUAAUUCAGCACCACCAUCCUUAAAAUCCCGCCAGACACAGAAAGUAUCACCUAAUAUGACGCCACAGUCUGUUCAAAAAAGAGCAAUACACAAGGAUCUAUACUCUUCUGUUCUGAGUAUGGCAGAUUCAGAUGAUGAAUUCUAUGAUGCUCCAAGCUCACCAGUGGAUGAGGCACCAUUUCUGCCAGCCAAAACUAUUUCAUUACAAAGGUCAGAAAGUAUACGCCAGAAACAAUUGAGAAAACAAGAAUCUAUGAAAAAUAUGACUGACUUCCAAAUGCAAUUUGAAAUAUCAAAGAUGUCACUGGGAAUCUUUCGUUAUGUAGAGGAUACUGAAACCCCUGUGUUGGAACUGGAAAUAGUCGGACUUGGUACUGAGCUUAAAAUCAGAACGUACGAUAUGACUUCACGCACAUUUCUGAAAGAAGUCAGUUUAAGAUGUCCUGAGCAGACAGAUGCUGAAAACAAACCCAUUUAUAUUAUCACAACUCUGGACAAUUAUGAAGAUGAUCUCCUUACUAUUGAAUAUAUUAAGGCUAACAAAGAUGGACCAGAAUUCAAAACCACCUACAGAAACACAGAGCAACUCAUUAAGGUGAACUUUUCAUCUUUGGAUGUUUAUUUACACAGUGAAGCUCUGCUAAGCUCUGUUCAUUUCCUGAAAAACCUUAUCCCACAAUCAGAAACCAAGGUCAGUUCAGAUGAACAGGCUCCUGAAAUUGAAGAGAAGAAAGAGGAGUUCCUCAUGAAGAAAAAGACAUCUCCUAGAAGAGGAAAGUUUGAAGAUCUGAUCAAACUUCAUUUGUGUGCAGAACUGGCACUUCUGAAAGUUUUCAUCUGUGAUCAAAGCAAAAGAAUUGCAGAAAUAAACAUUGUAGGUCUUGAUGUUGAGGUGGCUUUGAGGAAGACUUUAUCAGAAGUUACAGCAAAACUGAAGAAUAUUGUAGUUUUGGAUUCCAGCAAAGAUGCAGUAUACAAAAAGGCUGUUUCCAUUGCUGGUAAAGAAGUCUUCAACUUCAAAAUAAUCUCUCAUGUGGAUGCGACAGAAGGCUUAGCCUAUUCCAAUAUGGAUGUAGUUGAUAGUUGUGUUCAAUUGACAGUUGGCUGUAUCCAAGUCAUCUUUGUAAAGAAGUUUUUGUCAUCAAUAUUGGCGUUCUUAAAUGUUUUCCAAGCUGCCAGAGAAGCUGUCACAGAAGCAACUGUCCAAGCAGCAUCUGGUGUGAAGGAUCUCGCAGAACGGAGCACUAGAAUGCAACUUGACAUUCACAUCAAUGCACCUGUCGUUGUUGUACCUCAAUCUCCUGUGUCAAAAAAUGUUGUUGUUGCAGAUUUUGGUUUUGUCAUUAUUCAGAACAGUUUCUCAAUGGUUAAACAGAAAGGUUCUACUAAUCUCCCACCUGUAAUUGACUGCAUGAAGGUUUCGUUACGUGAAUUAAAACUGUACAGGACGGUAUUUGAGAAUGAAGCUUUUCGGUCUGAAAUCUCAUUACUUCAACCUGUUAAUCUGGAAGUUGUUGUUGAACGCAAUUUGUCUGCUGCAUGGUACCAUGAUGUUCCUGAUAUUAAAAUUCUUGGAAUGCUGAAACCUCUACAUGCUACGCUCAGCCAAGAUGAUUUGAUCAUCAUAUUGAAAUCGCUGAAUGAAAAUUUGGGUGAUAAUUCUGUUGACGUUGUACCUGUACAAACUGAGAGGAAUAGGUCAAGUCCUUCUCCAAGUUCUGCAGGAAGAACUGUGGUAACGGCAGCUGUUGUAGAAACACACAAACCUCUCAGAGUUAAAACAACACUGAAAUUGGAUUUUAAAUUGGAUGAAAUUUCAUUGAUACUCUACAGUCAGUCCCUGAACCCGUUGAACCUUGCUAAAGAACGGAGAUCUGAAGAGGACCAACUAGCAGAGUUCAAAUUACAUAAACUUGCCAGUUCAUUCAAGAUGCUCUCUGAUGGAUCCAUGAAUGCUGCUGUGAAACUUUUUAACUGUAUGCUAGAUGAUAAACGAAAGGCGAUACAGAAAGCCACAUCAAGAAUGAUAGAAAUGAAGCUAGGAGUUUCGAAGAAUGCAAUGAUAGACUUCUGUUACAAACAAGGAAGAGAAGGAAUGCUUCUAGAUGCAACUAUACGUGAUAUUUAUGUUUGUGCAAGUAUGGAAUUUCUACUCACUGUGGCUGACUUUUUUGUCAAGGCAAAUGACCAGAUCUCUGCAGCUCCAGUGAAUAAACCAACUGUCAUGACUUCAAAAGAAAAAGCACCAUCACAAGCUGUGUCCAAAAUGGAGCUUAGUGUUCACGUUCAGAAUCCAGAGAUUGUCUUUGUGGCAGAUUUGACAAGAGCGGAUGCCCCCUCACUUGUGGUGACUGCACAAUGUGAAGCAGACAUUAAUAAUGAUCCAGAACUUCAACAGAUAACUGCAACUGUUAAAGAUCUCAAAGUUAUGGCCUGUCCAUUCCUAAAAGAAAAAAGAAAAGAUCAUGUUACCACGAUCUUGCAGCCGUGCAGUUUAUUUUUCCAAAGUACACAAGCAACCUCUGGUCCUAGUUUCUUGGAAUUGGCAGUGAAAUCACUAAUGCUCAAAGUGUCUCCUGUUAUCAUUAACACAGUGAUUACAAUCACAUCUGCCUUAAAUCCCGCUGUUGAUAGUCCACAUGAAAAAGACAGUGAAAUACCACCUGACUUGUGGAAUAAGAAGAAUGUGAAAGACUUAAAAUUCUGGUUUUUGGAGAAUAAUAAAAGUAAUGAAAGUAAAAAUGCCCCAGCAACACAAUUAGAAUCGACAGGAGAGAAUCUGAAAAUGACAGUGGACUUCAUUUGUUUGACACUUGAAGCAGGUGUUGGACAUAGAACUAUUCCAAUGCUUCUGGCAAAGUCGACUUUUAAAGGGGAUGUGAAAAACUGGAGCACAUUCAUUAAUCUUCGUUGUCAACUCAACUUAGAGGUGCAUUACUACAAUGAAAUGCUUGCUGUUUGGGAACCGCUACUAGAACCAUUAGAAAUUGAAAACAGUGAUGAUUUUAGACCUUGGGAACUUGGAAUCAAGAUAAAGAAGAAGGUUGUCAAAUCAAUGACAAAGACUGAAAAAGAAGAGGAAAAUUCCCUUGCUUAUAAAACAGUUAUUCAGAUCUCUUCAAAAGACCAACUUAACAUUACACUGUCAAAGUGUGGUUUGACCAUGCUUAAUAAUUUGGCAACGGCAUUUACUGAAGCUGCUGGCCAAUCCAGUGAUGUUUUUCAGAAGGACCAGGCACCUUUUAAAGUAACGAAUUGCCUAGGACUUGAUGCUUCCAUUUACCCCAGUGAUUCAUUUAUCAUCAUUGGCAAACAUCAAAAAGUACCUUAUGAACUUAGAAAUGGAGAAUUUCUCAACAUGGAUUACCAACAAACCAGUAAUGAAAAGGAGCGGCUGUCAAACUUGACUAAUGCCAGCAGCAAAUUGUUUUACAUUUCGUUGACUCCUGAAGGCCACACUCGUGCAGAUAAAAUUCCAUUAACUAAGUUAGGUCGUCGACUGUACACUGUUACGCAUGAAGAAUCGACUGUUGAACGAUCCAUUGUCUGUCAGAUUGAUGCUGUACAAGGAAGAAAAAAAAUAACAAUCCGUUCUCCUGUUCAGAUAAAGAACCAUUUUUCAGUCCCUUUCAAUGUAUUGGAAGAUUUGAAGUCUUAUCUGAAAAUACUUGGUACAAUACAGCCAAAUGAAGAGUUCAAUGUUCCUCUCCUCUCAUAUAGAUCAGAUCUUCGUUUGCAGCUGAUGAUGGAAGACAAGAAAAUGUAUGCUCCCUGUGAAGCUAUCACAUUUGGUCAUGUUAGCACAAGCACUGAAAUACUAUUUCAUCGCAAGUGCCAAUUUGCUAGUGAUGAUGACCAGCAUACCCUAAUGAUCAAUAUAGUUGCAAUGCAUGACAUGCUGGCGUCCGACAAUCCUGAUGAAAAUAAUAAUGCUUACGUUCUCCAUUUGUGGCCUAGUGCAAUACUUCAAAACCUUUUGCCUUGUGCAGUCAGUGUUUCCUUUACAGAGGAAAAUAAGAGUCGGAGGUUGACUCUAGAUGAAGGACAUUCUGCACAGCUUCAUGAUGCUGUACUGGACCAAUCGAAACUGACACUGACUAUUAUUGAUUAUUUGGAACAUAAUUGGGCAGGUGAAUACUCAAUCAAAAGCAAUCAGACAGAUAUUGAAUUAAUCAAAUUUAAAUCCUAUAUUGAUGGUGAAGAGACUGAAAUAGACAUUGCAGUCCUUGCAACAUACAAUGUUGGACAUGUCUUGUUAUCAUUGUAUAGUCCCUAUUGGAUGAUAAAUAAAACUGGGCGAAUGCUUCAAUACAAAGCUGAUGAUGUUCAUCGUAAACAUCCUUUGGACUACAAAAAGCCACUGCUUUUUUCUUUUGGAUCCAAAUGCUUUUUUGAAAAGAAUAAGGUUCAGCUUAGGAUAACUGACAGCCACUUGUCAGAUUCAUUUUCUCUGGACACAGUGGGCAGUUACGGCUCUGUUAAAUGCAAAGGACCAAAAAAGGAGUAUCAGGUUGGUGUGAAAAUAGACAACAGCAGCUUUAAUUUAACAAGAAUUGUUACCUUUACACCAUUUCACAUGCUAAUCAAUCAAACGAAACACAAGAUUGAAGUUGCUGAAGAAUGUGAAUCGAAGUGGUUGAGCAUAGAUUCUAAUCAGUGCAGCCCAUUCUGGCCUGCCAGGGAUUCUGAGAGAUUAGCAGUUCGAAUUGAAGGAUGCAGUGCAGGGCCACAAAAAGUUUACUUCAACAAACAAGAAAAUUGCCUUUUACUGCGUCUGGACAAUAAGUUUGGAGGCAUCAUAGUAGAAGUACACUUGGCGGAACAUUCGUUGGUGGUGACUUUUAAAGACUAUCAUGAAGGGGCUGCUCCGUUCCUCAUUGUUAAUGACACAAAUGCAAGCAGGAUUGAAUAUCGUCAGAGCAGUUCAACUGGAAAGGGUCAUCAACUAGGGCCAGGUAAAGCAACCUAUUAUACCUGGGAAGAUCCGACAGUGUCAAGAACACUUAGCUGGAACUGUUCAUGUCAAGAUGCAGCAGGAGAGCUGAGUACAAUAGAGGAUAUAUUCUUAGAGUUUCCACAAGAAAAUGGGAAGAUUUAUUUAGCAUCCUUCUUUGAGGGUCUGCAGAGAAUCAUUGUGUUCACCGAUGAUGAAGGAACCUUCAGACUUACUCAAGAAAAUGAGAGAGCAGAGCAAGCUGAACAGGAAAUCAUUCUGUCACUACAGAACUUGGGGAUUUCACUGAUUAAUAAUUCAACAAAGCAAGAAGUGGUCUACAUUGGCAUAACAAGUUCUGAUAUUGUUUGGGAAAGUAAACCCAAGGGGAAAUCGCGCUGGAAACCAAUGAGUAGAAAGCAAACAGCUGAGCUGGAAGAGAUUUACAAAGAAUAUAUGGAGUCUUCUCCCCAAGAGAAUCAUGUUGCUGAACUUCCAUGUGAAUUUCAGGCACUUUUAACUCCAAAUGGCAUGGACAUGAAGCUCUUACAACCUUCUGAAGUACCAAUAAGGAGAAAUUAUCUGCCAGCUAUAAAAGUAGAGUAUACUGUCUCAACUCAUCAGAAAUCUCUCCGAGUCCAAAUUUACAAGAUCCAGAUUCAAAAUCAGCUGUCUGGGGCCAUUUUUCCUUUUCCGUUUUAUCCAAUUACUCCCCCCAAGUCAGUCACCAUGGAUUCAGCACCAAAGCCUUUUGCUGAUGUCAGUAUUAUCACAAGGUUCGCAGGGAAGUCUGAUAUAACUCGUUUUAGGUAUUUUAAAGUCCUAAUUCAAGAAAUGGAUCUGAAGUUAGAUCUUGGUUUUCUUUAUGCUGUGAUGGAUCUAUUCACCCAAUCAACAGAUACUGUUCUUGCAGAGCAAAAGCUGGAUCUAUUCAAGAAGGAUCUUGAGUAUAUUCAUACAGAGCUGUUGACUGAAUCUGCGGUUGACACCACGCCUGUCAGUCUAUAUGAGUAUUUCCAUAUUUCACCUAUCAAACUACAUUUGAGCUUCUCCAUUAGUUCUGGAGGGGAAGAAAGUAACAAACAACAAGAAGCAGACCUGAUUCCACUACAAUCUCUGAAUCUUUUGCUGAAAAGCAUUGGAGCAACUCUCACUGAUGUACAAGAUGUUGUCUUCAAGCUUGCAUUUUUUGAAAUCAAUUAUCAAUUUUAUACCACGCAACAACUUCAGUGGGAGGUAAUCCGACAUUAUUCUAAGCAGGCAAUCAAGCAAUUGUAUGUGCUUGUCCUUGGACUAGAUGUCUUAGGCAAUCCUUUUGGUUUAAUCAGAGAUUUAUCGCAAGGAGUUGAAGCAUUUUUCUAUGAACCUUAUCAGGGAGCAAUUCAGGGACCUGAGGAGUUCAUGGAAGGAAUGGCCUUGGGUGUAAAAGCGUUGGUGGGGGGUGCUGUUGGUGGUAUUGCAGGUGCUGCUUCUAGAAUAACUGGUGCAAUGGCAAAAGGUGUAGCUGCUAUGACAAUGGAUGAAGAGUACCAGCAGAGGCGUAGGGAGGCCAUGAACAGACAGCCAAGUGGGAUUAAAGAAGGCAUUACACGUGGAGGAAAGGGCUUGGUGUCGGGCUUUGUGAGUGGAAUCACAGGAAUAGUGACAAAACCUAUUAAAGGUGCACAGAAAGAAGGUGCGGCUGGCUUCUUCAAAGGCAUUGGCAAGGGCUUGGUUGGAGCUGUUGCAAGACCAACUGGAGGCAUCAUUGACCUGGCCAGCAGCACUUUUCAGGGGAUAAAAAGAGCUACAGAAACAACAGAAGAUGUUGAGAGUCUUCGUCCGCCUCGAUUUAUCCAUGAAGAUGGAGUAAUCAGACCAUAUAGGUUGAGAGAGGGAAUUGGCAUGCAAAUGUUACAGAAAAUUGAAAAUGGAAGAUUUGCCAAAUACAAGUACUUUGGACAUAAAAUGAUUAAUGAUUCAGACUUAUUUAUGAUUACAAAAAGUGGUAUCUUAUUUGUAACACAAGGAACAUUUGGGCAGUUGAACUGUGAAUGGCAGUAUAGCUUCGAGGAAUUCACUAAAGAACCUUUUAUUGUUGCUGGAAGGAGGUUACGUAUUGAAGCCAAAGAACGUGUGAAAUCUGUAUUCCAUGCAAAAGAAUAUGGAAAAAUUGUGAAUUUCAAAACUGAAGAUGAUGCACAGUGGAUUCUGGCAAAACUGCAUGAAGUGCUUGAAAGAAGAGUACCUGAUCAUCAUCCAAAGAUAUGAAUGCUACAGGAAGUAUUAGGAAUUUCAUAAUCAUGAAAAGUAGCUCAUUUUCAACUAUUAUUAAAGGAGGUAAAUUCACAUGAACCGAAUGCCGUACACAAUUAAGUUUAAAUAUUUUAUUCAGUUAAUUCUUGCAAAACCUACAACUAUUGUAUCUGAUUUUGAUGGUUCCGUCCUGAAUUUUCAACAGGUGUUGAAAUGUAGCGUAGAAUAGAAAUCUCACUUUAAUAGACUUUAAUUAAUGUUUAAUUAAUUCACAUGGCUCUGGUUUUUUUUGAAAGGAAAGCACCACACUACCAAGUGCCACAAUAUACCUUCAAUAACACAGAUGUGCCAAUGACUUACUUUGCUGCAGUGCUUUGUGACUUACUUUUGUGUCACUGGUCAAUUUAAAAUAUCCAGAUGUUUGACACAUUAAAAACUCAAAACCAAUUUGAAAAUAAUGCAUUAGUGUAUUUGAAUACAAGAUGACACCACCUGGAGUUCAUUAAUUAUUUCGAGUAUAGUAAACAAAUAGAGCGUUAACUGGACUGUUAAUCAGUUGUCCAAGAUCGUCCACUUAUUCCAUUAUAAAUUCAGAAGAUUCAUUUUCUUGUAAAUACUUAAUUGUGCUCAUCAGAAAAUCAUAUUGUUAAAUAUGUAUUUGGACCAUUAAAAGGAUAUAUGCUGGAGUAUUAAUAUUCAAAUGACUUCCAUGCAAACUUAAUGCACUGAAAUUUAAACAAUUAUGGAGUCUCCACAGAUCCAGGCAAAUAUUUGUUCUCUGCUUAAUACACAGUUCAACUUCUUUGGGUUUUUUCAUGACAAAUUUGAACACAAGACUUAUACUAAAAAUCUGAAAAUUAACAAAACUACUAAAUAUUUCAAACUUCAUGCUCCAAAUCAUACAUAUUUUCUACUUUGUUCAAUAUCAUUAUAGUUCCUAUGUUGCUCAAUCUAUCAGAAUGGUAUAUGUGAAACAUUCAAUACGAUGCGUAUUAAUGUAACCAACCCAUAAAAUAACAAUGAAUAGUUUCUAAUCACCAUAAUGAAUCUUUCAUCUGUAAUCGAACAUGCUCAUGGCUAAAUGUUUUUAAGUUCCUGCCUUUGAUAAUAUAAUGUUAAUAUGCAAUUUUCUACAAACUUCAAUUAUGUAGAUGCACUGUAUAAUCUGAAAGAUUUACCAUGUUUGCAGAGAAUUUAUAUUAUGCAGCAACUAUGCCAAUUUACCUCCAAAAGAAAUGUUGACCUUGAAAAUGAUAGCAUUUGGGAAGGGAUGGGGGAAAUCAUGAGUAUAUUUUAUAGUUUGUACCAAAUUUUGAAGAUCACUGUUUAUCCAAAUUCAUGGUAUAAUGUUGACACUGAUUUUUUUUGCUUAAAAAUCUUUUAAGCACUAAAAUGUAAAAGCAUAAUACCAUUUACAAUUGCAGUCUGCCCCUUCAUAAACUUCACCUGGUUACAGUUCUCCUUUAAAAAAAGAAGUGGAGAUUGACUACUAUAACGCCUCCAUAAGCUUGUGGAUAUCACCAAGGAAAAGAUCUUAUCUGUAUUUUGAAACAAAAUUUAAAAAUCUACUUGGUACCAGAAAUAAAUGCAUCAUCUUUUAUUUCACAGUACGGGAACUGAAUUGUCAGAGGUUCAAUAAAUCAUUAAUUUACAUUACAUUACAUUAAUAGCAGCUUAAAUGUAAAUGUGAAAUUUAAGAUCUAGUCCAUAAAACUGAAAUUAGCUACUUCUAAGUGUAAUGAGAAAUGCAUAUGAUACUUCAAUAUAAUAUCUUGAAAAUCAACAGUCCUGCGUAGGGCUUUAGAUUAUGACUUUGGAUCGGUCACUAAUGAUGGAACAGUAGUAGUAACAUCUAAAUUUAAAAAGCUAUUUAUCUAAUGCCGAAGUUCUAUGAGGAAGGCAGGAGUCUGCAGAUUUUGACACGACCCUUAACCUCAAAAUUGUCCAGAAAGAUUUAAUGAGCUCUGGUACUUAAUUCUGAGGAGAUCUCUUCAGAUUUGGUGUCACUUCUAAGGAUUGUAGGUCAGUUUUGCUGUAGCUAUACCCUAUCAGGUAUUAAACUGAAAUAUUCUCAAAUAGGGAAACAUAAUUACAAUUGGAUAUACAAAAGUACUAAAGGACAAAAUAACUAUAACUAUUUUUUGAAAAGUCAUUCACUUUUACAUGUUUGGGAAAGGCAGAUUCUAAAAUUUUAUUAGUUUUCAGCAUCAGUAAACAGAGGGCAGUACAAACUCAAGUGACUUAAAAUGUUGUUAUUAUUACUUUUAAAGUGUAAAGAGUUGAAGUUCAGUGAUAAUCUGAUUAAAAAGUGGAAUAAUGCACUGUGAUCACUAACUGCAAAUACAGGAUUUUGAUGUUUAACUGUGCAUGUUGAAAAUGGCAGUUUGCUAUCAGUUUUGCAGUGAAAAUGAUAAAUAGCAGCAGUUUCACUACUAUUACAACUACACAUUCCACACUGAUGAUUUUAAUACUUUGGGUACACUGGCUGGAGAAUUGCCAUUUCCUGAUGUGGUUGCAUUUGCAUGCAACCAACCGUUCAUCAAUGAUAAACAUCUUUAGAAAAAUAAGCAACAGUAAAAUACGCAUUUCACAUUUUUUGGAGACUAGAUGAUGGAAGAAUAAUUUAAUUGUUUCUUCUCCUUUGGAUGUUAUUUAAACUGUCUGGAUUCUCUGUCCCUCAUGCUCAUUAAAAAAACAAUACUCAUGUUUGUUUCUCACAAAUUAAAUACUUGCCAGUUUAACAUAUUGCAUAUCACAGUUGAUCAUAUGCAAGUGAUGGUCUUAUGACCAUAAUAUACAAUCAUUCACAUACUCUCUUGCAGUACACCUAUUGUGUGUUGUCUUAAACUAACCUCUUCUUUUGGACCAUUUGUGGGAGCCUGCCUUUGAUUCAUUCCACCAUGAUCGAAAACAAAUCAUUUGAAGCUAUCCAUAUCUUACACAAUGAAAGCAUUCUUACAAUGGGUUUAUUUUAACAGACAAUUAAAACAGCUACAGCUCUGCAUUAGGUCAAGGGUAAAAUUACAAUUGAAAACAUAAAAUUCAUACUCAUCUGAAAUAAACAAUAGACAAGUCUUUUGUUAGAUAAUUAGCUAGAGCUGAUGGAGGAGGUUUUCAAUAUCCGAAUUCCCUUCAGUUGCUGCUGAAUUUUUUUUUGACAUGGAUUUAUUUUAAUCAGUCAACAUUCAAUAAGAUAACUACUUAAACAUAUAUUCAAGUGGAAAACUCCCUAAAAAAACAAACUCUAGCUUAUUUGAUACAAAACUUUAAUAGGUAAUUAUUUGCCAAUGUCUGCUUCUUUGGAAUUCUGUAACCAGGUAAAGGAACAGGUACCUCAGUAUUAUGUUGUGCUGAAGCAUUAAUGUCAAUGUUCCUGCUACUCAGCUUUGUAUUUGAAUAAUUGGGUAAACCCAAAACAUUUGCAUUAUAAAAAUGUCUGUUAUUGAAAACUGUAACAAUACACAACCUAAAAUGUACUUUUACAGAGACUAACCUCAGACUGAUCACUAUUGUACUAAAAUUUAUCAUGGGGAUAUAUCAUUUCUAACAAUGUGAAAAAUUGUGAAUUAAGUAAUGCUUUGUUAUUUUUCCAAGUGCUGCUUUUGAAUUUUUUUUUAAUGCUUUGCACAGUACCAUUUGUGCAAUGGUAGGAAUGAUUUUUUUUAAAAACGUACAAAUGCAAAUUGUUGAAUAAAAGUGUACUGCCCUGUAGUCUGCAUUAUUCAUUGAUAUGGUACAAGAAAA